CAUAAAUCUAUAUCUAUAUAUUCGUCAGAUUUAUUUAUUACAUAUUAUUCAACCACCAUCACACAUUACCACUUAUUGUAGUUUGUGAAGUGUUGAAAAAAUCAUGGUUUUCUGGGUGUUUGGGUAUGGCUCAUUGGUGUGGAACCCGGGUUUUGAUUAUGACGAAAAAAUGAUUGGGUACAUCAAGAAUUAUCGACGUGUGUUUGACCUCGCAUGUAUUGAUCAUAGAGGUACACCUGAGCACCCUGCGAGGACGUGCACACUUGAAUACAAGGAAGGAGCCAUCUGCUGGGGAACUGUGUAUUGUGUAAGAGGAGAUGAAGAGAAGGAAAGAUUGGCAAUGGCGUAUCUAGAAAACAGAGAGUGCGAGUAUGAUGAGAAGACCUCUGUAGACUUUUUUAAGGAAGGGGAUAUUGAUGGGCCUACUUUAACAGGAGUUAUGGUCUUCACGUCAACUCCAGAUAAGGAAAAUAACAAGUAUUAUCUUGGGCCUGCACCAUUGGAGGAUAUGGCAAGACAAAUUGCAACUGCUUUUGGCCCCUGCGGAAACAACAGAGACUACGUUUUCUUGCUGGAGAAGGCAAUGUUUGAUAUUGGUCAUGAAGAUGACAUGGUCAUAGAGUUGGCAAAUGAAGUCAGAAAAGUUCUUGGAAUCACAGGCCUAGGAGUACUGAAAGAAAACGGCAGUAGCAGAUUAACAGGGCCUUCUCAUAAGCCAAAAUCUCCCAUGUCUCCUCAUAAACUAAUCCGCCUUCCUGAAGCAAUUGCCAUGGACACCUAAGACCACAAGAUUACAAGCAAUAACUUCGUUUACUUAACUCCACUCAAACGGUGUGCAAUAACAUAACACAUGAAGCUUGAUUACUUCUCUUUUGUAGUCUGUUAACUGAACCUUUAAUGGUUCAUACUUGUGUUAGUCCGGAUACUUUCUUAUAUUGUAGGCAUCAGAAUCGAGUCGAAUGAUCAUAUUUCAGAGUAUAAAGUUGUAAUGCUUCGAUGCAAGUUCUCCAUCAAUGAAAUUGUUAGUUUUAAACUAUAA